AUGCCUGAAUCCAUUUCAAUGAUCCAUUUACCUGCUUCGCAAUCUUCUCCCCCAACUCAGCAUUUGCCUAGCGACUCGCUCGGCUUUCCAGAUCCUCCAGCACCGCUUGUGUUUCCUGUCGACCCAGCAGACAUUUCCGAAACUAAUAGCCAGAAUGUCACUUGCUUAUGGCCAACCUGUGUUCCCCUUUUCAUGUUCACAGAACAUUCACAUUUGCAGGAGCGCAAGGAUCACGUUAUUCAGAUACUUAGGCUCAGUAGAAACCGGAAACUUGUGUAUGGUCUACGAAGUGCUCAUGUACUGAUGCACAACCAGUAUACUAAUAUCUUUUCGGAAGAAACAUGCAUGCUAGAUCGUCUUCUCACAUCCGUUUUCACCUGCACCAUGUUCACAAAAGAUGUUGUCUACAAGAUGGAUCAGAACAUCUAUCAGGAACUUCACACCAGGUUAAUGACUCGCCGUGCAAUAGCUUCCUCAUCACUCAAUUCAUUUGGUUAUUCAGAUUUUAAAGUACCUACAUGGGGCAUCAACACCAUGAAGGGCUUGACAGCCAACGAUUUUGAGGUGUACGCUUUGCAGUAUCGUAUUCGCAUCGAGCAUUUUCUUCAUAUGCUCGAUUAUGUCCAUGACUGGAAUAAUCUUCGGACACAUGUAUAUCUAGAUGAAAAACUCCUGGCAGCUCAGUGCAAUCCUGACAGAGCCCGUGUCAUGAUAAUGGAACAUUACCUUCAUGCGGUUCCUCCUGUACCACAUUCCAAUCCUUUCAAGUCGAAGACCUCUUUUCAGGCCUCGUCCUCUGACUUGAGUUGGGAGGGAGUACACUAUACUGCGACGAGAGAUGAGGAACAGCAUCCUAGCAACUCACACGCCAUUAAAACACAAUGUCAGUUUUGUCAAUGUGCGAAUUCCAAAGUCUGCAAAUCUCAAGAUUUCGGUCGCGGUCGAUAUGAGAGUUUGCCUGCAGUAUCCUACCGAGCUCAGUUUCCUGAAGACUUAGAUUUCAGAAAUCCUUCUGCGCACAAGAGCAUUUACCAAGGAUGUGCUCCUAGCGAUCUUAACUCAAGUCAAGGUGGCAACAAUGGAAACCGACUUCCAUCUUGUCGUGGUCCAUGCAAUUCACAAAUUCCUGUAUACCCCGGUCACUCAGAGUAUACCAGCAUUGGUUUUGACACUGCUCUCAAAGUGAUGGACAUACCUACUUGCAACAAGAAUCCAAACCUGAGGGAUACUUGUGAGAACAAAGUCAUUGAUAUUCCAGCCUGGAAUAAUAGCAUCGGCAACCCAAUCCUUCCCUAUUCAACCAAUAACGAGAUUUGUACCUUUCAAAUUGCUUCAAAUAUGCCUUGUGCACCCUUUUCAGAAAAGAACAAGAAUCCCCAAUUACCACGUAAAGUCAAACGUCGCAUCGACCGACUGCUGAGAGGACCACUGCGAAUAUUCCAUGCUACCAGCCAGGUCACGUCCACUAAUAGUAAUUGUCAGCGUACACUGAUGGGAAUGAGAGAAGGCAUACUGUGGCUGUUGGGAUUGAUAAUCAUGAGAAGUGAAGCAACACGGGUCCAGGUAGAAGUGAAUACCCUUGAUCACAAUGUCUUGCAGAUGGUCCUCGACUCGAGCUCGUAUAUCCUGCAUAACUCCCAAAAGGCACCUCGGAAGCUCUCUGCAUGGCCUAAGGUUCCCAUCAAGCAGAAGAUGAACUUUAUGGAGCAGACCAGGAGAACCAAACGUCGGCUAUACAGUCUGCAUCUCAUCAGACAUGGAGGGGAAGUUAAAACAGCUAUCACAUUGGCUACUGAGGGGUCGCAUCAGAUCGAAGUUUAUGUCCUAUCUGACACAAGUCAGUUCACCAAGCCCCAGAAAUCUUGUCACCAUUCAAAGCAUCGAAGAGUAUCAGGAGCCGUCUGA